UUCGGUUUCCUUGUUGAUACCGUGUAUAUUUUCUAGCUACAGGUUGUCAACUGGACAAAAAAUAUUUUUAAAGAGACUUGACUAAUGGCCGAUACACGGAGCACUACACCAAACUUUCUGUCCGUUUUUUCUCUAUUGACAAGAAAGUUAUAUUGUGUUAUUAUUUGUAUAUUAUUUUGAUUGUGCGUGUAUCUAAGUGAUGAAAUAUUGCGGCAGCCUGUUAGUAAGCGGGAACUUCAACGUUCCGCUAGAGCGGUUCCGGCAAUCAGACAUAAGCUGCGGACAUUUUAAUUUAUCUUCCCAGAAGAGAGCAACAAUAUCACUUAUUAUUGCAGUACCCGCAGUAGCGACAUACCACGACAGCCGCUGCUGAGUCAGCUGUCGUUGAGAAUCAAGUCAAACUCCUGCUGCUGUAGAUAGGCGCGCUCAGUGACGAUGGAUGAUCUUUCGCCACUUGGAGUAUUCCUUGUCCGCCGAGAUGCCAAUGGGUCUCGGCUUCUCUUCAAGUAUCCUUUUCAGCCUGCUAAAGACCCAAGAUCAGAUGUUGGCCCAAGAAACCCAUAUGCGAUUGAGGAUAGCGAUGAAAAUUUAUUCCAUUCGCGUUCGGCGUGGACAGGAGACGUCUUUGAGGGAAACUACGUUAAGAUCUCAGAUGAACAGAUCUCGAACCUGUUUGCCUGUCCCCAGGGUCUAUGCAACGAGAAGUUUGAACUGAAGGUGAACAAUGUACGCUUUGUGGGCCAUCCUAUCAUGGUUCAACAAACGGAUGGUGGCGGGCCCCGACAUGGGCCAGCGGGUCCUGGAACCGGAGGUACCCGGCAGACAGCUCCAGUCGACUCGCAGGGGGUUAGUGGGGCUGUUCGCCAUGGGAACGUCGAUGGGCAAGAGCCACCUACGCAAAUGCUCAACGCUGUUUUUGCACUCAAAGCGCAAGCGAGCCAUGAAAUCGUACAACAAUACCAUGACUUGAGCCGAAAAAUAGCCACUUCAGUGUGCAAGGAAGAAGCCACGUCACGGUAUUUCACGCAGCAAUGCAGUAUUAUGAUCCAAAUUCAUGAUAAUGAUGGAAAUGAAUCAGACACUUCUGAAGGUGAAAUUUCCCGACCGAGUCCAUUCGCUCGCAUUCUUCAGGAAAGCGACCUAGCUCGCAUGCUGCAACAAGCUUUCAUCGGGUUGUGCAAUUCUGGAGCGCUGUACCUAAAAAUUAACAACAAAAAUCUCAUGCCAUUUUGUGUCGUGCAUAAAACCCAUAAAUUGAAUGCGUCAUCGACGUCAGCUCACACGGACGUGCUUCGUAAGUGUAUGGACCAAAUCUCGCAACAUAUUAAGCCAUACCAUGCAUUACUUCUUGUUGUGACCCCCGAAGAGCUACUCAAACAAUUGUCAAGCGAAUAUCGACGGGCUCUCGAACGUCUUAUAAAGUGCGCAUCGGCUACAAAAAACAUGAUCGAGCUAGGGUAUGAUACCGACAUAUUUCUCGAUACCGUUCUAGAAAUGGCUUUCCCACUGGUGUAUUUUGCGCACGCCAUCGUGAUUUUUCCUGUUAAGCCAACAAAUCGUUACGUCGUCGCACCAAAUGCGCCUACUAAGCUGCAGCAUCCACUCGUAACUGAGUUUUCGAACAAGUUCCCACAAAUGUCGCUAGCCUCUAUGCUAGCAGAAUUCUCUUUGCCGACGAGUCUUUCACACCUGUACAAUCCUCAGCUUCACGAACCCUCCCACUUGCAAACGCUUCAAGAUAUCGUUGUGUGGUCGCUGCAGAAACGAAUACUGAUGCAGGUCCACCUUUACGUAUAUCUUGUUCUGCCCGACGACUCAACAGAAAACACAUUGAAUUGGCCUACAUCUGGUUCAACUAGCGACUUUAGGGAGAACUCUGUAAAAACUGCAAUCGAAGAUGAACAGAUUCCUGACGACGGAUCAGAGACGCCGCAAAUCUGGCGGAUUAUGAAGCCCAAACAACGAAAACUCAUCGAAGAUUUACCAGUGUUUAAGGAUCCGCAAGAUCAGGCCUUGUUCUUUAAAUUAUUACCCUUUUUUGAUGGCAAAAAUCAUAUCGAGCAUAUGAUAUACUGUGUAAAUGUAACUCGAACAAGACUCAUGGCGCUUCUGGAAAAGUUUCAAGAUGUCCUCGUUACGGUGGAGCACGCUGAUCCAGCAUUUGAUAUUUUCUAUCGAUGACCCAUUCAACAAAAAAAACGCUAUUAAAUGCGUAUUGAAGUUAUUUACUUUCGAAUAGUCAAUUAGCAUAUCGUUAUUGCACUCAAACCGUAAUAUUGCCAUGAUCUGAAUCAGGUUCCUACU